CUGGACUACAUUGGCCAAUAAAAGCCUCUGAAAUUGUCCUUUGUACUCUACACCGACACGGAAACAUAGUUACCUCCUCUUUCUCUCGGCUUUCACUUCUGGUGAGAUUCCCUCCCAGGCUGCAAGACAUUUCCUGCUCGGAACCUAUUUCUUAAAAUUCCUGCGCCAGGGGAGCCUGCCGAGAGCAACGCUCACGCCGACUGUGUCCUUUCAGACCCUGCGCUGACAAUGCAAGCUCAGUCGCCGGUGGUCGUGGUGACCCAGCCUGGAUACGGUCCGGCACCCCAGAACUCCAACUGGCAGACCAGCAUGUGUGACUGCUUCAGCGACUGCGGGGUCUGUCUCUGUGGCACGUUUUGCUUCCCCUGCCUUGGGUGUCAAGUUGCAGCUGACAUGAACGAAUGCUGUCUGUGCGGAACAACUGUGGCCAUGAGGACUCUCUACCGGACCCGAUACGGCAUCCCUGGAUCUAUUUGCGAUGACUACAUGGUAACACUUUGCUGUCCUUAUUGUUCUCUCUGCCAAAUCAAGAGAGAUAUCAACAGAAGGAGAGCCAUGCGUACUUUCUAAAAACAACUGAUGGUGAAGAGCUCUUUCUGAAAGGACUAAAUCAGCAAAAACAUCUUCAGCUUCAGCACUGCACCGUCUUUGGCACCUGAAAUACGAUGGAGACGUUUAAUUACAAUUGAUAGCAAUAAGGAAAAACUCAAAGUUUUGACUUAUUUUAAAGGAAUACUGUCCCUGAGUUUUGCUAAACAGUCCAGCUUAGUUUCUCCUUGCUUUCAUAUGAUCAAAUUUCUUGGCCUAUAAAUUUUUAAAAUUACAUUUAAAAUGUAAAUGAAAGAUUUUACUAAAAAGAUUCUUUAAGCUUCUUUGCUCUCACUAAAAGAGCUUUGUCACUAGUUCAUCCCAAGGGUCAAACUCAUACUUUUGUUCUCAUCCUUGGUUUUUUUAGCAGGAGAUCUUGGUUCACGGCCACUCAGCUCUUUUUCAUCUAAGAAAAAGAUGAAGGAAGGUGAGGAAGGAAAAAAAGCUACAGAUAACUAUUCCAAGACAGUUAAUGGUGCAUGUAGCCAACACUUUCGCUCCUUUCCAUGCUAUCUGUAUUACUAAUGCUGACCAAGAAAGACUUUAGGCAAAGAACACGCUUGGCCUUGCUUCCCAGCUGCGUACCUGAGGGGUUUGUUAUUGUAUUGUUGAUUUUCUUUCCCUUUCAUAUACGAAAUAGGAGAGCAAGUAAUAAAAAUUCAAUCUUCAAAUUCA